UGAGAGAUGACAGAACGCCACGGGAUUUAAACCCUGAACAGCCCGUCGAGAACUUUUCCAGCUGGAAUAUUUCAUCCAAACUGCAUUAGAAAAUCAGCGUCCUGGUUGACUGAUCGGAUCCUCAGGCGUGCGAUCUUCUAUUUCAUAGCGAAACGAGUUUCCUGAAAUAACAUGACUUCUGCCGUAUAUGAACAUGGAGAGAACGGGCGUCCUGAGAAUGUCUCCUUCCUGACGAAUGAACAGAAGAUGGCACCAGCAAGGAGGGCGAGGAUUGCCGUGGGGGUCUUCAUUGCCCUGCUGGUAGUGGCGGCAGUGGUCGGAUUUCUUGUCUGGCUCUUCGUUGUCAGGACCAAAGAAUUGGAAAAAGAUUCCACCUCUUAUAAACACAGCUCAUCCACACUGGUUUACAGUGGUCAAAUGAAACUUCUCAAACCAGAGUACAGUCCAGUGUACAACAAUCCCGAAAGUGCAGAAUUCCAACAAGUGGCGAGGGGCUUGGAAAUAAUUAUGAACAAUACAUUCACCAAAGAUCCUCUCCUUUCUAAAUACUAUACCAAGUCUGUCAUCACUGCCUUCAGUGAAGGAACCUUAGCGUAUCAUUGGUCUCAAUUUGACAUUCCUGAGAAUGACCAAGAGAUUGUCCCGGAGCUGUCAGAGGAGCGUGUUGUCAAGGCUCUGAUGAGGGGCAUCCGCCAGGAGGGCAGACAAGUCGGCAACAUUGCAGUCACUGACAUCGACAUCACUGCUUCAUCCACAGACCCUCGGAUGGCCAGGGACCCCAGAUCCAAGAAAUGCUUUUACAGUCUCAUGGCUGACACCACCAACAAAGAAUUUACAUCUCCGGAUCACCCUAGGAAAUACCCAGCUAAGUCCCGAUGCCAGUGGCAGAUCCGUGCUCCCAAAGGCUCCGCCAUCAUUGUCAAGUUCAGGUCCUUUCACAUAGAAGAUGACUGUGCCAAUGACUACGUGGCCAUCUACAACUCUCUCAGUCCUGACAGCACGUAUGCUAUAACAAAACAAUGUGGACUUCGACCCCCUACAAAUCCUCUUGAGGUAGUUUCUUCUGGUAACGUCAUGCUUGUCAACCUAAUCACUGAUGUGGCCCAGACACCUGGAUUCAGAGCGGUUUACACUGCAGUUCCAAUUAUUGCUGCUGGGAGCUGUGGAGCAUCUCUGACUGCUCUCACAGGAAACUUCACCUCUCCUCAUUUUCCUAGUUUCUAUCCUCCUUUGUUGGACUGCAGCUGGACCAUCAACGUUCCUACUGGCGGAAGGAUAAAGCUUGAGUUCAGUAUGUUCCGUGUGAAAGAGCCGAGUGUGGACACUAGCACCUGUCACAAAGACUACGUAGAGGUGCUGGGUAAAAAGUAUUGUGGAGAGAGACGUAGACUUGUUCUCUCUAGCAUCACUAAUUCCUUAGAAGUGAAGUUCCAUUCAGAUGAAUCCUACACUGAUAAGGGAUUCAGGAUCGUUUACACCGCCUUUGACCCUGUAAACCCUUGCCCUGGUCAGUUUGCAUGCACCUCAGGCUACUGCAUCAAAAAAGAGCUACAAUGUGACGGGUGGAAUGACUGCGAAGACAUGAGUGAUGAGAAAAACUGCAAGUGUGAUGACGAACAGUUCACCUGCAAAAAUGGCCUGUGUAGGCCUCAGUACUUUGUGUGUGACAGAGCGAAUGACUGUGGUGACAAUAGUGAUGAGGAAGAUUGCGAUUGUGGCAGAGCUCAGGAAAGGUGCGGGGACGGUGCCUGCAUCCCACAAGAAUUUAUAUGCGAUGGGAAAAAUGAUUGUGCUGAUGGCAGUGAUGAGGUCUCCUGUGCAGCAGCGGCUGGUAUCUGCAAUGAUUUCUCCUUCAAAUGUAAAAACAAGGACUGUGUAAACAAAGUGAACGCAGAGUGUGAUCGUGAAGAAGACUGCUCAGAUGGUUCGGAUGAACAGGGAUGUGACUGUGGAGUCCGGCCAUUCAAGCACAACCGUAUUGUGGGUGGGCAGAACGCAGAUGUGGGUGAAUGGCCAUGGCAGGUCAGUCUACAUUUCAAGAAUGAGGGACACGUUUGCGGCGCAUCCAUCAUCUCUAACAAAUGGUUGCUGUGUGCUGCCCACUGCUUCAUCCAGUCUGACCCAGCCAACAAAAUGACAUCCAACUGGCUGACAUACAGUGGUCUGCGGGACCAGAACAUCCAGGACGGCUCUGUUCAGAAGCGCUCUUUGAAGAGCAUUAUCACCCAUCCAAACUACGACUCAAUGACCUACGAUUAUGACAUCUCACUGCUGGAACUGAGCGAUCCAUUGAACUUCACCAACACCGUUCAUCCCAUCUGCCUUCCGGCAUCCACCCACGUCUUCCCAGCUGGUAGUGGCUGCUUUGUUACGGGCUGGGGCACACUCCGAGAGGGAGGAAGUGUUGCACAAAUCUUGCAGAAAGCAGAAGUAAAGGUGAUUAAUGAUACAGUAUGCAACAUGGUGACCGAAGGUCAGUUGACUUCUAGAAUGAUGUGUAGUGGCUACCUCACUGGAGGUGUGGACGCUUGUCAGGGAGACUCCGGCGGUCCUCUUGUGUGUCGUUCAGAUGUAGGCAAAUGGUUCCAGGCUGGCAUUGUGAGCUGGGGAGAAGGCUGCGCUCGGCGGAACAAGCCUGGCGUCUACACGCGUGUCACCAAACUGCGGGAAUGGAUCCGUCAAAUCACAAACAUAUAGUGGAGCCUGGACCUGCAAUCAUACGACAACCAAAGCAGAAGAACACAAAUGUUGAGUGCCAUGAAUAUUUAGUACAGUAUGUGAGCUGCACUCACAAAAGCAAAAGUGAAUACAAAUUUGGUCGACAUCUGUUGUGAGAAAAAAAUCAUUUAAUUGUUUCAUAAUAGCAUUUUCAUUCAGUAUGACUAUUUGAUUGUUAUGGCUUAUGAAUGAUUUUUUUCAUAGAUGUAUCAAUCAAAAGUUGACUUCAGCUUUAGUCAACCAAAUAAAAUGGUUCAUAUAAUAGAUGCAGAUACCACUAUAAUGACAGUAUAUAUCACUGUGAUGUACUUUUACACUCUUUUACCUACUCCUACCCCAAUUUAGUUCCAUUUGUUGGUAUCUGAUUCCUUGAAAAGUAACUUCAUAAAUGGCACUUAGAGAUCAAACUGACCUAUUCUGAGACUUCUGACCUGGUGGAAGUUUUGUUGUAAUCUUUAUGAAUUAUAUUUGGUUUAAAAAGUUUUUUUUUUCUUAUGCUCAAAGUGUGCCUUUAUUCCAAAUACUGGCCCCCCCAAAGCCUGGCAAAGGUCAAACGCUUCUUUGCAAUCUAGAAAUUUCUCUCACUCAGGUUGACCUUCUUUCCUCACAUCUGUGUGACCUCGGAACCUCAGUGCCAAAGCUCUGAAAUGGAGGAUUAGGUAAAAAUAGGAUAUUUCCAUCAUCCGUUUGCCAAUACAACCAAGGCUAAUAUAGGUCACACACUUCUGCAGCAUGUUAAAGUUCCAGCCAAUCAAUGUCAAAGCAGGAUAGUCUCUCCUUCAAAGAUGCCUAAACGUAUCAAGGAACCUAUACCGCGGCUUCCUUAUAGUCUUGGCAAGUUUCUUUCCCGUGGAAAGUCCACUUGCUUAGUAAGAUUUUCAGGCUUUGUGAUGUAAUGACUUAAUUUCCCAGGAGGUACAAGAGACGUUUGGUGUAUUUUGAGAGAUGUAAAGCAAUAUGCUGUAUUUAUGUAUUACAGAAGUUUCAUAUAGCAUCAUGAUGUGCUAUUUGACCUAUUGAGCCCUUGUUAGGAUUUCAUUUUUAAAUUGUGUAAAUUUCAAACAACUUUAAAUUGUUUUUAAAACUGCAAUGCUUAUCUAUUGCCUUAAGUGUCUGGGUGACUAAAUGCUUUUUGUAUUGUUCAUGUAACUGAUAACUUGUUGGUCUUUUCUGUUUCCUUGUGUUUUAUAUUUUAUCAUUAUUCAAAUGUUUUAACGUAUGCUGGAUUUUGUAAUGUUUUCUUGAAAAUAAAAUACAUGCUGGUUUUACACUA